GCUCGGUCUUGCAAUCGAAGGUAUUGUCGGUCGUUAUAUGUUUCGCUCUUGUCGAACGUUGUCUUGUUCCGGUAAUGGUGCACUUGGCGAUCGAAAAGUGGUGAAGGUGAUUCCCGGCGAGAGAACUACCGUCUCCAGCGAAAUUCUCGUCCUCGACGCAACGACGCUCGCGAGGCGACGGAUCCUACAGCCGGAAAUACGCGACGAGUAAUAUCGGGGGUCGUAACGUCGCCAUAUUGCUGAGACGUACGACACCCUUCGAAGCGUGUUUUGCAACUCAGUGACAAAUACGAUACAAUACAAUACGGUGCGGUGCAGUGAUAUGAUAGUGGGUGGUUUUAAGUUUGUUUUUUUCGACAAUGACCGUUAGUGACAAGACAAUAAGAUUACGCGAUAAUUCUGGUGCCUGUUCGCUCGCUCUCUUUCUCGCCCAUCGGCUCUGCGAGGGUCGUUGAACCAGGAAUGUGAGCUAUUGAGACGGUAGGAUCCUCAGGAACCGCAAGGUUCUCGCAAUGGAGGCAGAAUCAAAGCAGCAGCAGCAGCCGCCGCAACAAUGUCACCAGCAGCAACAAGCUCAACAACAACAGCAACAGAAUUCGCCCGUGACACAACCUCAAGGUCAGAUGGCCGGCGAUCUUCAGAGUGGACUGAGUCAGGGUCAACAAAAUGCGGAGGACACACUUGCUUCAGCGGAAAACACCUCCGUCGACGAGGGUGUGCUUCUCGCGAGAAUCCAUGUGCCCGAACUCUAUGUCAGUAAAUGUCUGCAGUUUCCGAAAGAUCAGCUGGUCUGGGACGUGAAACAGCAAUGUCUGGCGUCCUUGCCCAAGGAGGUGGCCACUUGGUACAGGGAACUGAAGGAGAGCUUCAAUUAUGGCCUCUUCUGUCCACCGGUAAAUGGAAAAGCUGGGAAAUUUCUGGACGAGGAGCGUCGUCUCGGCGAUUAUCCUUUUAAUGGACCCGUUGGCUACCUGGAGCUCAAAUACAAGAGACGAGUGUACAAGAUGCUACAUUUGGAUGAGAAACAGCUCAAGGCGAUGCAUACCAGAACGAAUUUGCGAAGGUUACUCGAUUAUGUGCAGGGCAGUCAAGUCGAGAAAAUUGCGAAGAUGUGUAGCAAAGGACUGGAUCCUAAUUUUCACUGUCAGGAAACAGGAGAGACACCGUUAACUUUGGCAACGACUUUGAAAAAACCGUCAAAAGUCAUAAUUGCAUUGGUCAAUGGCGGCGCUCUGUUAGACUAUCGAACGAAAGAGGGUUUGACGGCGAUGCAUCGUGCCGUUGAACGCAAUAAUCUGGAGGCGGUAAAAACCCUCUUAGAACUGGGUGCUAGUCCAAAUUACAAAGAUACAAAGGGCUUGACGCCACUUUACUAUAGUGUCAUUUAUAAGACCGAUCCGAUGCUCUGCGAGACGUUGCUUCACGAUCAUGCAACGAUAGGAGCACAAGAUCUCCAAGGCUGGCAAGAAGUCCAUCAGGCAUGUCGCAACAAUCUGGUGCAGCAUCUGGACCACCUGCUCUUCUAUGGUGCUGACAUGAACGCGCGCAAUGCGUCCGGCAAUACGCCGUUGCACGUGUGCGCAGUGAACAACACAGACGCUUCGUGCAUACGUCAGCUACUUUUCAGAGGCGCGCAGAAAGACGCACUUAACUACGCAAAUCAGACGCCAUACCAAGUCGCCGUGAUCGCCGGCAACAUGGAACUUGCCGAAGUUAUCAAAAACUAUCAGCCAGAGGAAGUCGUACCGUUUAAAGGGCCGCCACGUUACAACCCAAAGCGGCGCUCGGUGGCCUUCAGUGGCACCUCUUUGAUGAUGACGACAAGCUGUUCGGCAAAUAAUUUGGGCACCCUCACCAGGAUACCGUCUACCGAACAACACGCGACAGCGUCUAGCGCCGGUAGUGGUGGUGGCGUCGUCGUCGGUACUCUCACCAGAACUGUCUCGGUGGAGCAGUACACGAAUAUUACACGAGUACCGUCCGCUGAGCAGUACGCCACCACCACGGCGGCUGUGAAUCUGAACCGAGUACCGUCCAUGGAGCAAUCACCUUUGUAUCCACCACCUCCGUCGUCCGGCACGUUCGUGCGAGUCGCAUCCGAGGAGAAAUACGCGCCAACGAGCGCAGUGCUCAGCCGCGCCUCGUCCGGUGAGCGAUAUGACACUGCCAGCCUGACCAGAGUACCGUCCUCCGAGCAGUAUCCUAUCGCAAGCACGCUGACCAGAGUACCGUCCACGGAACAAUAUCCGACUAACGCGGCGAGCCUGAGCAGAGUGCCGUCCACGGAACAGUAUCCCUCCACUGCUGGUGGUAACAGUGUCACGAUGAUCGGUCAGUCGACGACCGAAUCGGUUCACCAUAGAAGCAUUGGCAGAAUACCGUCCGUAGAGUCGAACCGAAACGACUUACCGAGAAUACCGUCCGAACAGAAUGCCCACCGACUGACGUCGGAGUACCAGAGUCCGAAUCCCAUGAGAGAUCCAAAUGUGAGAUUGCCGAGCGUCGCAGAGAAUUAUACAAACUUACGAAUGGAGGGCCUCACAAGGCUACAAGAGCACCGACUCGAACUGCAACACCGUCUCGAUAUGCACAGAACGCAGAUGGAGAUGCCGCCGUCGCCGUCACCGAGCAGCAGGAGUUUAGCGCCUUUCAGCUCGGCCAGCUCGAGCUUGUCUGAAGGCAGCAAUCAGCCGUCCGGCGAGGAUUCGGCCAGCAUCGUCACAGACAAAAGCCUCGGUGACACAGCAUCUGACGUGAUCAGCGAUAGUUCCGGGGUGGGUACCUCGCAAUCCGAUACGACCAAUUCAUUAUCUAUUCCCGGCACGACGGUGGUUUGCGUGGAGAGCUACAACAGCGGGAUCACUGGCCAUCUGACUAUCAAUCAAGGAGACAUCCUUGAAGUCACCGGUGCUACCGACUGCGGUCUUCUAGAAGGUGUUUUACGCGGACAGGGUACCGGCUUAUUCCCCGCGCAUUGCGUUCAGGAAGUCAGAUUGCGUCACACAAAUAUACCUCUAGGUCCGCAACCCACGCGAGACGGCCGGAACCGAGUUCUGGGCCGCAGGGAGUCGCAGCAUAAAUAUUUUGCUACGGCACCCAGAUUAAAGAAGCCAGUUACGUCGGAGCCACGUACUGUUGUUCUUCAUCGUUCAAGAAAAGGUUUUGGUUUUGUAUUACGUGGCGCCAAAGCUACUUCGCCUCUCAUGGAAUUAACCCCAUCUGCCAGGUAUCCGGCGUUACAAUAUCUGGAUGAUGUCGACCAAGGAGGAGUGGCCGAUCUUGCAGGUCUCCGAAAAGGAGAUUUUCUCAUUCAAAUCAACGGCGAAGAUGUAACAACGGCGUCUCACGAACACGUAGUUGAUCUGAUCAGGAAAUCGGGAGAGCUGGUACGAAUGACCGUAGUUUCACCGGUGAUUAGUCUUCCGAAUUCCCAGUCUGCGGCCGCGCUACCAACUAGUCAACCUAUCCAGAGACAGUACGCAACUUUGCCACGCAAGGGUAACAACAAUGUAGUGAUCGGUGGUACGCUUGGCAGGUCUCCGGCGCCCAUACCACCGCGAAGAGACCCGAAAACCACGCUAAGCGUGGGUCGGGCGAGAGCGCGAUCGAUGGUCGCAGGAUUAGAGGGAGGCGGCGAAAGGGAUGAGCGUGAUGACAUCACAUCAACCGGCGCAAAGUCGAGCAGCGCGGAGUCGAUUCAUAUGCCGCAGCAAUCGUCGACUGGAUCAAAUACCGGUCAGAACACUCCGGUGCAACCCAGAACAGCCAGUAUCCGAUCGCGGCCAACUUCCAGCAGAAUUACCGCCGCGGAACUCGAAGAACUAUUUCAGCGGCAACAGGGUAGCGCCGGCGGUCAGUACAGCUCGUCCAUGAUGAGCUCGUCUCACUUUCAGACUACCGGUCAAUCCACCAAGUCGCAUCCGUCGUCGCCCGCCAAGACCGGCAGGGUGUACGCGAGCGUAGCGGAGAUGAAACGCAAGGGCAAAUCGCACUCGAGAGUACGCUUUUUCGGUGGCUUGGGCGGUGGUUCCGAUCUCCACAGGGACUUUCAUAGCACGCCCGAUCUCAACGUGCAGGUACAAUCGUCAUCGAUACUCGCACCCAAGUGCCAUCGAAGUCAAGAGGAUGUAAACGCCAUAAACGGCAGAAAUGGACUUCCACCACCGAACCAUCCACCACCACCUCCUCCGGUCGGACAAGUUGUUAAAGUGAAUGUUGGUCCCAAUAUGCCGGAUGUUGUUACGCCUGCUUCAGUCUACGAUAAUAUGGCACACAUCCAGCAGGUCAAAGAACUCGCAGCAGCCACAGUCGAUGGUGGCUACGGAGUGAUGUCGAGCUUCCGGCCGUCGAACAGUGCGAAGCUGUACGCCUCGCCGGAAGACAUGAAGACCGUCGGCUAUCGUUCGCGUAGUUUGCCAGCUCACACCAAUCGCCCGCAUCUUAGGAAGUCACACAGCUUGCGCAACACGCCGAGCAGCACAACGUUCAAGCCAACGAGUUUGAAUGGCAGCCAGCAGACACUUAACACCAACGUCGGCAGCAUCAACAGCAAUGGGAACGGCAACAAUUCAGCCAACAAUCAAUAUGCACAACCGCUGAAAACCAACAGAAGUCACAGUACGGCUGGUAUUCGCGAACGGAAGAAGAAAACCGUUGUGAGCACCAGCUCGUCUGUCACGAAUCUUUCGUCGAACACAUCCGGUACGAACGGAACAUCCGCACCACCUUCUGCGGCGCCACCUAUCCCUGAGCCGGAUUACAGUCUGUCAGAGUCGGAGAACGACGAAGGUGAGGACGAAACGGAUGAGGAUGGCGAAUCGGAAAUAGCAAAGGAACUUGAAAAAGCAGCAGCGCGAGAAAAAAUAGAAGCGACCAAAGAAACCUCGGGCAACUCCAACACGUCUGGCUCGAGUUCAUCAGGCAGCGGCUCGUUGCCGCAUUCGUUUAGCGUUGAAGAAAUUCAGAAAGUGCGUACGCAGCUCAAGUCUUCCAAGAGCCAUCCGAACGAUUUCGGGUUGUUGCAGACUCAACAGUCGCUCGCUGAGGAUGGUGACAACAGCUCGAGCGGCGUCAGUUCAGAUCAAGAUGUGCCGGUGGGCCCACCUAUGGGUUUCGACGACACCGCUAUGCGAAACCUAGCCAAUCAGGAAAACAGUCAAAACUCUAUUCCAAGUGGUGGUACGACUCUGAUGACCGGUGUUAGUUUAGUUGAGAAAGAAAGCACUCAAAUCAAACGACCAGGCUACGGCGGCAGUGGAUUGCUGACCAGGCAUGCGGUCAGCUUGGCGCAGUUACCACCACCGAUUGAAGCUGAUGCCGAAGAACAAAACAAUGAUUUGUUCGUGCCACCACCACCGGAAUUCAAUGCCGGUCCGUCCGCAGGCGGCCACGAUCAAGAAGUAGUAUUUGCGCCGCCGCCGCAAUUCUGCGAUAAUAAACAGCAGCAGCAGCAACCACAACAACAACAACAAACAACUACUUCGCAGAAUCGCGUCAAGAUAAUCGGUGCAAUUCCUAAGGUCGCCGGAAAUCAGGUGAAAGCAUCAGGUGGACGAUUACCGUAAAGAAAAAGAUAGUAUUCGAUCGCAAUAUGAUCAUGAUUCACUCGCGUAUUACUUUCUCAGAGAAAAAACACAAGAGGAAUUUGUAAUGGUAGUUCGCGAUUUCAAGAGUCAAUAUAUUUAGAGUCUUUCUGCCUUCUCGGUAGUGAUCGCUGCGUGACAAGCGUAUUAUUAAAUUCUCGACCUUCAAAGAUCGACGAUCUAUCGUAUGUAAGAGCGCAAUAGCUUAAAUGACUUUCCCAAGGGUAAAUCUAUAUUCUAAUCUAAUCGAGCAUCUAGUAAAUCGUAGGAAGUAACUGACGAGAUAUUCGAAAGCGCGUUUUUCUAAGUAAGUUUUAUGAGUGUUGAGCGUAUGUCUGAUUGCAUCGUAAGAAGGUUGAUUUGUCGCACAUAAAUGCAAAAUCAAUUGCAUUUGUCCGUCAUUACCAUCACAUUGUGUAUCAUUCUGUUCACGGAUGAACGACUGACCAAGUUGAACACUGAUUCGUUGCACCUUAAAAAGAGAGAGAGAAUAAGAGAGAAAGAGAGAGGGAGCGACCUAAGAAGAAAACGUACUGAACGGAUAAUAAACGUAUGGAUGAAGAAAAAUGACUAAAAAAAGGAAAGAAAUAAUUACAUGUACAAAUCGUGUGACUCUAUGCAAUGCAUAUCGGUUUUUCAUGUUUCUAUCAACUCUGUGUGGUGUGUUUUAAUACUUUUACACGAUACGACACUUUCUGUCUCUUAAAACACAUAAGUAAGCACCGAGGAAUCGCUUCUUAAAAUCAAUCAAUUUCAAGUAGAGAUAGUACAUUUCGACAAAUUUGCUCACUCUCACUUUCCUUGAUAGCUGAAAGCUAUCAAUGACCAAUGAUUUUCGAUGAAGAUGAUGAUGAUCGUGCGAAGAAAUCACGCAACGGAUGAUCAGUUGUUACUCGAGCACGUCCUGUUUUUUCUAAGUUUAACUGUGUAGCAUUUUCUCUCUAGACACUGCUCAAACGCCUAAUCGCAAAAGCUCCAUUCGAAAUCAUUAGAGAGAGAGAGAGAGAGAGAGAGAGAGGUUCUUUUUAGUUGAUAAUUGCAAAUAUAUUAACAUUAAAUAUAUUAAAAUUAUUAUUUUAUUUUAUUAUAGUAAUAUUAUAUAUUAAACUUGUUAUAUAAUUGUAGUCGGCUACAAGACUACUUUCCGUGUUAUUCGAUAAAUCGCAGUCGCGUAUUUAUAAAACCUUAUGUUACAUUAUCUUUAUAAUAACGCACCAUCACUGUUGCAGUCUGUGUGAAGUAAAACUUGCAUUUUUUUUCAUCCAUUAUAUAAAAACAAACUUCCUUGAGCCGGAAAACGAUGUAGACUCCUCAUAUUUUGCGUAUUUUUAAUCAAGAAUUGCAGAAAUCGCAGACAAGAAAUCAGAUACUACGAAAACGUAGAAUACGAUUUUCUUCUAGCAACGAUCGACUCACAUUCUCAAACUCUCUCACGUAAACUCAAGACUCAGUGUUUUUUCCUGCAAGUCAAUCAACCGUUUCGAUGUACAUACGCGUGUUAUUCGAAUCAUAAUAUCUCCGUGCAACUCACGCGCGUCUAGAUGCAACGAAGAAUCACGUGGCUCUCGAAAAAUGCUACAUGUAUAUAUAAUUAUAUAUUGAAUAAAAACGAAUACAAACCACGUUACGUAAGUAUAUCUUCGCAAGUAUUUCUAUAAUUACGAGCGAUCUUCAUUAUUAUGUUCCACAUUCAUUGUAGUAGAUUUACAUAAGCGAUCAAAAAAUUUCUUAAUCGAAGUCUCCGCACGACUUAGCGACUUUGAAGAAAGAAUUGCAUUUCGUAUAGCAUAUGAACGAGCGCGCGUAGGUGGUUGCGUACUUUUUUCAAGUAUAAAAUAUUUUAAGUUAACUAUGAUAUUGAGUUUUUUUCUUCAAUAUUGUUUUUAUCGUUUUCAUUUUUACUACCUAGAAAUACAUAGUAAAAAUGACACAGAUAUAAUUCUGUAAAAUAUUUACAGUACAGUUUGCAGUAUUGUCUUGAGUGUAAUAUUUUAUAUGAAAAUUAUAUAUUGAGAAUAAAAACAAUUUUAGAAAAGCCAGUAGAUUAAGAAAUCUACAAAAUAAGUUAAGAAAUUGAAAUUGUCUAUGCAUUUUAGUUUUUGUGCUUGUUUUUAAAACUUAUCUUUACAUACAAACAAUGUUCCAAUUAUGAUUGUGUGUUUUUAAAAACUGAUUUCAAGAUUAUUUAUAUAAUACAAAAGAUUUCAUACACACACAUUCUAUAUUUCCAGUAAUACAUACAAAAUUAAAAAAGUAAUAAAUAUAUUCAUUCAAGACUACUUAUAGUUCUGAGUGUGUGAACUGUCUCACAGAUAAAAAAGCAAUGCCACAUGCACCGCUCGGACAAUAUAGCAAACAGAAAGAAAUCGGUUGAAAGGCGAGGCUCUAUUUUUCUUUGCCGUGACGUGUCCGUCGCGAAACCACGUGCAUCGGACACGCAGUUCGCGGUUAAGAUAUUAUAAAUAAAUACAUAUAUACAUAUAUAUAUAUAUAUAUAUAUAUAUAUAUAUAUAAAUAUAUGUUAUAUAAAUUAUAUAACAUUCCUGCCAAAAGUAAUAUAGUAGUCUUAUAUAUAAAAAAAAGAGAGUUAACGUUGCGUGCAUCACAUAAGAGAACAUACUUUGUAAUCUAGUUGUUCCCUGCAUCUCCCCGUCCGUUUCUCUCUUCGAACUCUCGUUUCUCUUCCGCGAUACUCCGCACGAUUAAUCGGUGAACCAGCGAUUUCAGUAUUGUUUACGAGCGAAAUCCUUCCAAAAAAAAUUCUCCGAUUAUUUUGACGAGAAAUCCGAUCGCCAUUGCGUGCGGUUCUAUCUUUCUUGUUAAAAUCUACUAGUAAAAUAUUUAUACGUAUAUGUAUAUAUACAUACACACACGCAUACACACAAGCUGUUCUCUAUUCAAGGGUUAAUCGGUCGCAAAAAUUUCGACAACAAAAAGAAGUACGCCGUCGAUUCAUCGCGCUGAAAUGUCAGUGCGCACGUGUUUUGUAAUUAAGUAUCUUUAACGCACUAAGAUUGAAAUAUAUCGCGAUGUAAAAUUUUGCAAUUUUAAACAGUUUUAUAAAAUUAGUUAUUUCUUUUUGAGAAUCAUCUGAUUUCUUCUUUACAUUCCGGAAAAUAAUCCGCGUUAACGAUUAAUCCGCGUCUCGUAGAGUGGAUAAAAUGUAGUAUACAGGGUAUACCAGAAAAGAAUUUAUUCGCGUGUAUUUCUCUAAACACUGUAUAUCACGUUCCGAUAAGAGAAUAGCGAGUGCAAAAGUAUGGUCAUCGAGAACUGACUCGGUGAUUGCACUGUGACCGACUGAAAGUUUGAAAUCAUUUUUUAUUAUCUCUUAGCACUCUUAUAUUUUAAUCUUGCUCAUAUUUACUUAUCUUCCAUCUCUCCUUUUCUCCUCAUCAGUCUUUAUCCUCAACAUUUCAGUUAAAUAUCAUUAUAAUAUCAUUAUCAAAACAAUUACUAUUAGUAUUUUGUAUUAUAGGUAUUGUAUUGUAAAUUGCGAAGUACACACACAUGUGCAAUGUUUCGACGACGAAUAAUAAUCGAUCAUGUUCAACUAAUGCAUCAGAAGUUUUAUUUUAACCUUCACCAGGAUAUAUAAAAGAUACUUUAUAUAUUUUAGUCUGUUUUUUGUUUUUUUUUUCUUUUCUUCUUUUUUUUUUAAAAAAAAAGCUUAAUUAUACAAAUUGAAAACGAAAAUCAGAGAGCCACAACAGUCCAAGGUGAACGUAGAUAAAUAACAGAACGCAGUUUAAAAUGGGACGUUUUGAUCGGAUUUAUUAAUCAUCUUCAGCAUACUGUAAAAACAAAGUAAUGAGUGAUACAAUACAAAUAAAUUAAAAUAAACAUCAAAAGAACUGGAAUACAUCCGUUGAGCAAAAAGAUAUUGAAUAUGCAAAAGUAUAAACAAUCAGGUACACACCUAAGACUGUUGUGAUUUUUGUUUUCAAUUUGAUUUCAUCGAGCCGUUAAGUUAAACUAUUUACUUUAUUAUACAAUUUGUUAAUUAUAUAUAUUUUUGUUUAUAUAUUUAUAUAUUCAUAUUUUAUAUAUAAUUUGUAAACUAGUAUCUCCCAUUUUGAAUAUUGACACAAUAAUCAAGUUGUACAUGCUACUGUCAAAGCACAGUAAUUAACAAAAUUUUGCUAUAGAACUCACUUUGUUUAACAAGCACUAUUUGGUUCUAACUUUGUGUUUUAACGGUAACAUUAUUAGUACCUGAAGAGCAUUAAAAUUUCUUCCAAAGAUUUACUAACAUUGAGAGAAAAAAUUGUUUUCUUUCUCUUAACACAAGCUAUUUUAUAUUAUCUUACUCGGGACAAAGAAAGCAUCUAAGAGCGAUUUUUU